AAGAUGAGUAUAAUUACACACAUUCUUUUCCUCCUUGUCAUGGCUUGGAUAUAGAUAAUAGACUUGAAAAUAUUUUCUCUGAAAUCGAAGACAUUAUUGAAUAUCUUGAGAUGAUAAAGGAUUAUAUACCAUCUAUAUUAUAUGAUGAGUUUUGCAAAAACAUUGAUAACCUUACAAAUAAUUAUAAGUUCUUAGAAGAUAAAAUUCAGGAUAUAUUAUACGAAUCACCUUCUUAUGCUGAAGAAUAA